UUGGCCAAACCCCCGCCCCAUCUCUCCACUCGGUCUGUUUUUCCAUACCGUACAGUCUGAACACACCGGCACGAAAUGGAUACGGAAGGGAGCCAGAGCAGCCUGUCCUCCACGGACUCCCCUCACGACCCCUGCAAAAUGUUCAUAGGCGGUCUCAGCUGGCAGACGACACAAGAGGGAUUGAAAGAGUACUUUUGCAAGUAUGGCGAGGUGAAGGAGUGCAUGGUGAUGCGGGAUCCAGUUACCAAGCGCUCUAGGGGUUUUGGAUUUGUCACGUUUGUUGACCAGGCCGGUGUGGAUUCAGUUCUGGCAGUAACCAGGCAUGAGUUGGAUUCAAAAACAAUUGAUCCGAAAGUUGCAUUCCCUCGUAGAGCCCAGCCCAAGCUAGUGACUCGGACCAAGAAGAUUUUUGUUGGAGGUCUGUCCGUGAACACGACCAUUGAGGAUGUCAAGGCGUAUUUCGAGCAGUUUGGAAAGGUUGAUGAUGCCAUGCUCAUGUUUGACAAGACCACCAACAGACACAGAGGGUUUGGCUUUGUCACGUUUGAGAAUGAGGAUGUGGUGGAGAAAGUGUGUGAGAUGCACUUCCAUGAGAUAAACAGCAAAAUGGUGGAGUGUAAGAAGGCUCAGCCCAAGGAAGUGAUGUCACCCACGGGCUCGGCCAGGGGGCGCUCUCGGGUGAUGCCCUACGGCAUGGAUGCCUUCAUGCUGGGCAUCGGCAUGCUGGGCAGGGGGCAGCACUGUUUCACUCAAACACAGACCCAUGACUGUCCUUUCACCAUAGGUUACCCAGGUUUUCAGACAGCUACGUAUACUAGUCGAAGUUACACUGGCAUCACCCCUGGAUAUACCUAUCAAUUCCCUGAAUUCCAUUUAGAGAGGACCCCCCUUCUGACAUCACCACACCCCCCUGAGCUCACAGAGAGGUCAACGCUGUUUGUAGCCCGAGCUGGAUUUGAAACCUGCUGUACCUCCUCUACCCUGUCAGCCAUACCUCUGUCGGCAUACGGACCAAUGGCAGUGGCGGCAGCAGCAGUAGCAAGAGGCUCCGCCCCCUCUCGCUCUGGGGGGUUCAGCAGCCCUGGGCCAAUGGCAGACUUAUAUGCAGCAGCCAAUCAGGAGUCUGCUGUCAGCAGUUACCUCAGCGCUGCAAGCCCCUCCCCAAACACUGGGUUCGGCCAUAGUCUGGGGGUAAGACACAGCCCUUAUCACGGUCCUCUGAUUGCUACGGCCUUCACUAAUGGCUACCACUGAGAGAAGCUGUGAACUGAGAGAUGGAAAGCUUUGAACUGGUCUGACACUCCUCUCUGGCUGUGUGACCCUGCAUCUGCAGUGGGACCACUGACCCUUGACCCCUGAUGUCCACGCCCCUCCUCCCACUGAGGAUCUCUUUUUUCUUCAGACUUCCUGUGUUCGGUCUUAACAUCCCCUCCUAACAUGUUACUGUAGUUAGCAGAAAGGAAUAACAACCUUUAAAAAUAUAUAUUUCUGCUUUUAUUAGAAAAACAUGCAGAUAAUUCUAGCUACUUUUUUAAAUGUUUAUUUCAUUUGACUGUUUUGUGGAAAUUGUCAUGUAUUCUCGUAUGUCUUAAUUAUUAUUAUUUUUUCUCCCAUUUGAUUCUUUUGUCAGAAGAAGGUAUUUUAUUGAGAGGCGGUGAGGGAGAAAAAGUGAUCUCCAGGUUCAGAAUAUGUGAAGGACUGGAGCAAGUAUUUGUACUGAAUAAAUGUAUAUUUAUCUUUCAGUACAUACAGAACAUUGCUGAUAAUACAAUUUUUUUUGUAUGUAUUACAAAGUUGAAAAAUGUAUAUCUUGGUAGGUGUUUAACAAACAUUUGUUAUACUAAUAAUGAUAAAAGUAACAAAAUUGAUAGUCCUGGGCCUAUUUCCAGUCAGAUUUGAACUGCGUGAUAUCUGUUUUUGUAAAAUAUUGUAAAUAUAACUGUCUUUUGGAUUCUGCAAAAAACGAGGGGUAUUGGGAAGGCAGUGAUGGUAUUUGUUUUCAGCAGAUGGUUUUUUACUUUCAUUCAUACUGUUCGGCGUUGGGCACUCAGACUGAUACAUAUCGUAGUGUAUUUGUGUGAUUCAUAAUCUUGGACCAGUUGUGAGACUGGUCCAGAUCUGACAGAGUGAAAGGGUUUGCUCCUAUACUGUGAAUUCACGCAGGAACCACUGUUAUCAGCACUGGGAGAGAGAGAGCUUGUGGGGAUAUUCCUCUUUUGAGUUGGCCUAAAACUGUUUCUUUCAUCAUUACUUUGAACUUAUUUUAUUGUUGUUUUAGAAUGAUCAUUUUGAAUAUGUAGUGGUUGUAAAGGAAAAUGAAGGACAAACAUGCAGGAACCAGUCGUAAAACAGUUUCACAAUGGUACGAUUUCACGGCUAGAUUCUUUCUCAGAUUGUGUUGUGUGACUGCGUGUUUGUACAUUGUAUGGCUAUGCGGUCACACUGGAAUUAGGUGUGAAAUGUAUUGUCAGGGAAUGGAUAUAAUGGUGGCAAAUGUGAUUUUAUCAUCUUCAUUUUGGUUUGUUAAUGAACUUCCUUGUCUCUGUCGAUGUGUGGAGGGGAUUCGUUCAUUCGUUUCGGUGCUAAAUUAACACUCAGAGGUGGUCCUGAGGCUCUUCCAUGAUGAGAUUGUAUGUAUUUCUCCUCAACCCCCUUCUCCACACUGACAGAUACGCUGUACAUCUACUGGAUGACACAGACUGGAGCCAUGAAACUCAUGAGAAGCUAUAUACUUUUAAAAAAAUGUUACCUUUUUGCAAUGGGAAGUUAGAUAAGGUGUUUUACUUUUGAGGUUAGUUUAAGAACAAGAGGUGCUGUCAAUUUCUAUCACCAAGUUGUAGAUGUUGAUAUUUUUCUAAGCCUGCUGAUUGAUUGCCAUGGUGUUGCAGCCUUUGGACUCUGUGUUUACUCUGAAAGGUUCUUGUCAACACUGUAACCCUCUUCAACUUUUUUACAAUUCCUAAUAAAUUAUUUUUAAACAUUCUA